CCGCAGCUCAGACUCAGUGGUCUCCAGGCAGCUCCAGUUUGGCGUGGUUCGGCAGAGGGAACCGCAAGCCCCCAAGUGGUCCGUCUGUGGCUCCUCCCCGAAAAAGAUCGAGGAACGGGGUCUGCCGGCAAAAUUGGACUCCACCGGCUUCUGACGACAAGCCAGGGACUGAGAGUCUCCGAGUCCCGGACAAGUGAUUGUCCCCAGGGGAAGGACAGGCCGGGGUCGCCAUCCAGACCGCCAUGGCCGCGCCCGCCCGCCGUCUGUGCCAUAUCGCCUUCCACGUGCCCGCGGGGCUGCCCCUCGCCCGGGAUCUGCAGCGCCUCUUCGGCUUCCAGCCACUGGCGGUGCGGGAAGCAGACGGCUGGCGGCAGCUGGCUCUGCGGAGCGGCGACGCGGUCUUUUUGGUGAACGAGGGCGCGGGGCCCGCAGAGCCACUGUACGGCCUGGACCCGCAUCAUGCGGUGCCCAGUGCCACGAACCUGUGCUUCGACGUGGCCGACGCGGGCGCCGCUGCCCGGGCGCUGGCGGCGCUCGGCUGCAGCGUGCCGGUGCCCCCUGUCAGCAUGCAGGAUGAGCAGGGCGCCGCCACCUACGCCGUGAUAAGCUCGCCGGCCGGCAACCUCAGCCUGACGCUGCUGGACCGCACUGGCUUCUGUGGGCCCUUCCUGCCCGGCUUUAGGCCUGUGCCCUCCGCACCUGGCCCGGGCUGGGUCAGCCACGUGGACCACCUGACCUUGGCCUGCACCCCCAGCAGCUCCCCAAAACUGAUGCGCUGGUUCCACGACUGUCUAGGCUUUCACCACCUGCCGCUGAGCCCAGGUGAGGAUCCGGAGCUGGGCCUGGAGGUGGCAGCAGAGUCCGGGUGCGGGGGGCUGAGGCUCACCGCCCUGCGGGCCCCUACGGGUAGUGCUGUCCCUACCCUCGUGCUGGCCGAGUCCCUGCUGGGGGUCACCAGCAGACAGGACCAGGUGGAGCAGUUCCUGGCCCGGAACGGGGGACCUGGACUGCAGCACGUGGGGCUAUACACACCAAAUAUCAUGGAAGCCACUGAGGGGGUGGCAGGGGCCGGGGGUCAGCUCCUGACUCCUCCUGAGGCCUACUACCAGCAGCCAGGCAAGGAGAAGCAGAUCCUGGCUGCAGGGUAUGAGCCUAGCCUGCUGGCCCGACAGGGGGUCUUGCUAGAUGGUGACAGAGGCAAGUUUCUGCUUCAGGUCUUCACCAAGUCCCUCUUUGCAGAGGACACUUUCUUCCUGGAGCUGAUUCAGAGGCAGGGGGCCACUGGAUUUGGCCAGGGCAACAUUCGGGCCCUGUGGCAGUCCGUGCAGGAGCAAGCUGCCAGGGUCCAGGAAGCCUGAGAAGGGCUGAAGCUGGGUGUAGCCGCCUGUCCUGGAGCACUGGGGAGUCCAGCACAGGGCCUGCUGGAACUGAGAGACACCCACAGAGGCCUGGAGUGAAAGGUUUUGUCUUUAGGGGCCGGUUGUGGCCUCCAUCUCAUCGUGCCAGAAGUUGAAUCUCACAGGGGUCCAAAGAGAUGGGAUUUUUUUUUUAACUGUGAAACAUUUCUCAUAUUGUCUAUAUCUAACAUAUAUGCAAAAUGUAAAGAAUAAAGGAAUUACACAAUUAGGAAAUAGAACAUAACCAGUAUUUUUGAACCCUCCCCGUGUCCUUCUCUGACCCUAUUUCUCUCCACCACACCCCCAAUAUUAUGAUUAAAAACCCUCUGCUUUUCUGUAUUGUUUCACUGCAUAU